UGAAAAGAUUGAAUUUAAAACUGAGUAAUCAAAAAGUGUCGAAUGUUGUAAGAAUUACGCAAAAUAUAGGUAAUCAACUGUUAUAAUUAUAGUCCUAGGUUAGGCCUGUAAAGGGUUUGUUAUUAGUAAAGGUUAGGUUAUACCGUUGCCCGAUUUCAUUCAUGUAAACUCGUGAAAUGCCAGGAAAAGUUGGUCUAGAACACGCCGCAAGAUUGGCUGCUCAUCUGUCCAUGCAGCGGGAGUUGGGAAAAUAUUGUGACGUUUGCAUCUGUGUCGCUGAAAAAAGAUUUCUUGCUCACAAAUGCGUGUUGUCCGCCAAUAGUUCGAAACUGGAUGCACUUAUAUUGGACGCAAUUGGUAACAACAGCAACAGCCAAGAUAUAGAGAUUGAAAUACAAGGUGUUAGUCCUGUUGGUUUUGAAAAAUUGCUUGAAUAUUUUUAUGUUGGAGAAAUGAACCUGGAACCGCAUACCGUGAUGCCAGUGUGGAUGACUGCUGCUUACCUUGAACUACCGGAUGUGGUGUCAAAAUGUAAUGAUUACUGUCAGAGAUCGGUGACUUGUGUCUCAUCCAAUCAACCUCCCACAGAAGAAACUGUCAAGACAUCUGACAUGAACAACAACAGCAGUGGUGGGAUGGAACAAGGCAUGGCUACAUUAAGUCCACCAAACCCUUGUAUUUCACCAACAGCUCAGGUCUCUGCUUCUCCAAAACCAGGAUCUACACAGCACGAGCAAGGACCGAAAUACAGUCAGAUGAACACAGUUUCAGCAACAACGAAAGAAGAUAGUCCAGGUGUUGAACAAAUAGGAGUCCAACAUAGCGGGAGUGCUUCCCAGAAAGUGGCUUCACAUGAAGAGAAUGGCAUAGCAUGGACACCUUUGCAGAAUGCCACAGGGGAAACAUUCUCACAAAACAGUGGAAGUUCAAAUAAUAUUCAGAAUUAUCAGCAAUUCCAUGCCAACACCACCCAGACGUGGAGUCAACCACAACAAACAUGGGUGACCACCAGUUACCAGGAUCAACCAUUACAAGUACAGUUAGCAUCUGACAGCAACCAACCUGCGCAUACACCUAACAAUCUAAUUGUUAUUAAAGAAGGUAAUGGUUCAACACCUGAAGAUGGUGAGAUACAGAUACAAGCAAAUGAUGGAACAUUUACUGUGCCUUCAUCAGGGACAAGUAUGGUAUAUACACAUCCAAGCAAUAUACAACAUGCUUCAAUAAUAGAUGUCAAUAAACUGUCGGAGAAUAACUGCAUCGGAGAUAAGGGGAAUUGUGAGAACAUUAUGCUGCAGGUUGAAAGGCUUCGAAUUCAACAUCAACAACUUCAACGUCUUCAACAACAACAACAAGCUCAACAGAAUGCCGACGAUCUUCAAAGAACAGGUCAACCACCAUUGUUGAUGAACUACUUACCACAACAACAACAACAUGCAGAUGAACCACCGAGAAAAAAAUCAAAGAAGAAGAAAUCUUCUCGGAGCAAAUCUUCCGAUACAGAUUUGCCUUCAGACAUGGAGAUGCAGAAUUACCAGCAAUCUACCGUCACCCCACUUCCCAUGCAUACUCAACAAAACCAACAAAUGGUGGUAAACAAUGGUCUUUCUCUUGAUCCUACCACGGGUUUACGAACUGUGAACCCACCUCCUGAUUUUCGUAUUGUAACUGAAGCUUACAGGAAGUCUCUAUACAUGAAACAUUCAAGAAUAAAAGAGGAAAAUCCAAUCUCUGCAACUGGUACUGUGGCUGAAUUACUACAGAGGGGAAAAUCUCGUAAGAGGAAAUCUACAGAACAGAAUGCACUCAAUAACACCAUUCGUCUGAUACUUGAUAUGCUUGAGAUCGUGGAUUCCAGCGAUCCUAGGGUGGAAGAUGCUUUGUUUCUGAUCAUGGACAGAUUUGUUUCAUUGAGAGAAAACAUCAACGACCCAACAGUUCGUAGAAGUUUGUUGGUGAAAGUGAGACAUUCCAUUCACUGUAAAAAAUGGAGGGUCAAGCGUCAGAUGCUGAAAGGUAGUGAAGAUUAACACAAUACAUGCAUGCUCACACCUCAUGCUGUUUGUUUUAACAGAACAAGAACAAGGUGGCGCUGGUGUGGUUGUGAAGCUUCAACACGAGGAAGAGGAAGACAAUCUACAUGGGUGACCAACCAACCAACCAACCAUAUGUUGUUCAUCAUAAUAAUAUUACUGAUGGGCUCCAUAGGACUGCCUUGAACUCUUUUUGUAACCAAGUUAUAUGAUCCGUGUAACCGACCAAGUGCUAAAUCGGUAUAUUGACCAUUCUGUAUUUGCGCGAACGUUUUUACGAAGUGCCGGUGCGUUUACUCGAUUUUUUAAGUUGUUUUACACUCUGCACUAUACCGGCAUCUCAUAGAAAUUUUACGACGGCAAGCUCUAACGUAAAGCUAAAACAUAACAGAAUUUUUACAGCUUGUAUUUUUACGAUUUUCCUUUUAUUGGUCAUCUGUAAACGGUCCAGGUUCUGGAAAAUGUUCGUUUUAAAUUUUCGAUGUUAAUUUUUGCUCGUCUUGAACUUACUGCCCAUGAUGCUUUGUUUUUGUGCAUAAUCACGUUAUUUUCAUUUUUGCUCAAUACAUGUUCUCAACAACGCCGUAAAAA